CUGUUCAUAGAUGGCGGCGGCAUCCGUGGCCUGUCAUCCCUCCAGGUCCUAUGGAACCUCAUGCGCGAGAUCCAACUAUCUGAACAUCUAGAGAAAAUGCCGUUGCCUUGCGAAUGUUUCGAUCUGAUUGGUGGUACAAGCACCGGAGGGAUCAUUGCGCUCAUGCUGGGCCGCCUUCGCAUGUCCGUCGACGACGCCCUCCACAAGUACGCCCAGCUUUCAAAGGAUGUAUUCUCAGACGAAAAGUUUCUUGGGGAUGGAGCUUUCAAGGCGAGUAAUCUAGAGGCUGCGAUAAAGAAAGUCAUCUCAGCACAACCCGCGGCUAUGCACGACUCGGAGGCGAGGAUGAGGGAUGAUGCGCCCUCUGGUGGAUUGUGCAGGACUUUUGUCUGCGUUACGGCUCCAGUCGCUUUAGGUUCACCCACUCCCACGCUCUUCCGGACCUACGAACCUCGCCACGAACGCUUCAUCAACUGUAAGAUCUGGGAAGCAGCUCGCGCUACAUCCGCUGCGCCUACAUUCUUCAAGCCGAUCGAGAUUGACAAUGGCUUUGGCAUUCUCAGUCGCUACACUGACGGCGGCAUUGGUCAUAACAACCCUGCUGGUGUUGUUCUUCAUGAGGCAUCUUCGAUAUUCCCAGAGCGAAAAAUCGCUUGUAUGAUCAGUAUUGGGACUGGAAAGCUAAAAGUGUCUAGGCUCGACAGACCUGGUUUCAUUCAGCGUAUUAUGCCACGCAUCGAUGUCGCUGUCGCUAUUGUAAAGAUCGUCACAGACUGUGAAACGGUCGCAGAGGAUAUGGAGCACCGCUUCCAUGAUUCGCCAGGCGUAUAUUUUCGCUUUAAUGUCGACCAGGGCAUGGAUGGUGUUAAGCUUUCAGAUUGGGACAAGCUGGACGUGGUGCAUGAUGUCACCGAAAUGUAUCUGAGGUCUACAACGGUCUCGAAGACGAUGACAGAUGCGGCGGCAGCUGUACGAGCUCGACGCGGAGUCGCUCCGACCGUCCAAGCUAGUAUGUUCUGUUCAUUGUAUUUUCUUAAAUUCCAUCUAACUCAUAGCGGCAAUAGGUGGUGCGCUUCCGAGGGCUGUUGCUCAUUCGAAGCCUGUUGCGAUCCGCAAACGCUGCCCUCCUUCAACACCGUAUUUCACGGGGAGAGACUCCAUUCUCUCGAGAAUGACUCUAUACUUCUCUGGAAAGUCCGGGCGGCGUCGUAUAUUUGUGGUUCACGGCCUGGGCGGCAGUGGUAA